AUGUUGUGGUAUUCUCUUGCAUUGGAUGAGUCAGUUGACAUUUCGGGAACAUCGCAACUUCUUAUUUUUAUUCGUGGAGUUGAUGAGAAUAUUUCCAUAACUGAAGAACUGGCAUCUGUUUGUUCUAUUCAUGGAACAACCACUGGAAAAGAUAUUUUUGAUGAAUUGGAACAAACUAUAAGUGACUAUAACCUUGAAUGGGAGAAACUGAGUUGUGUUACGAUUGACGGGGCAAAGAAUAUGGCUGGUUCUAAAAAGGGUCUAGUUGGGCAAAUAACUAAUAAAUUGGAGGAAUUACAUAUUUCAAACACUUUGUUCAUUCAUUGCAUCCUUCAUCAGCACGCACUAUGUGCGAAGGCUCUUAAUAUUUCAUGUGUGUUGAAUCCAGUUAUUCGCAUAAUAAACUUUGUUCGAGGGAGCUCACUUAAUCACCGUCAGUUUAAAGUUUUACUUGACGAUUUUGGAUCUGAAUAUUUUGACUUACCAUAUUACACUGCAGUUAGAUGGCUUAGCUGUGGUAAUGUAUUAAAUAGAUUUUAUAAACUCCGAAGUGAGAUUGAUAUUUUUCUAACCAGUAAAAAUAACUAUUAUCCCGAAUUAUCAGAUCUUGCUUGGCUAUCAAAAUUAUCAUUUUUGGUUGAUGUUACAACUCACAUGAAUGAGCUAAAUCUGAAAUUACAAGGAAAGGAAAACUUAAUUUGUGAUUUCUACAGGAUAAUUAAAGCAUUUCGACAAAAAUUGAUGUUAUUCGAGUCACAACUUGGAUUUUCUGAACUUGACAAAAUUGAAAGCGAUAUAAUUUUGUUCGAAAAUCCAUUUUCUUGUAAUGUUGAAAAUGUUCAACAUGAAUUACAAUUAGAAGUUAUUGACUUACAAUCAAAUGAACAGCUCAAAGAUUGUCACAGACGGACCAAACUCGCUGAGUUCUACGAAUAUCUCAAGGAUGAUGAGUUUCCGAGACUAAAGAAUUUUGCGAUAAAGAUGAUUUCUAUAUUUGGCACAACUUACCAAUGUGAGCAAACGUUUUCUAGGAUGAAAUAUGUUAAGUCUGCCCAUCGUGCAAGAUUGACUGACGGACACUUAAAAUCAAUUCUCAUGAUAGGAUGCAGCAAUUUAAAACCAAAUAUUGAUGAACUUAUACAAAAAAAGAUCACAGUUCCAUAG